AUGGAUCGCAGAGACCCAACAAGCUCGGCCUGGACCGAAUCAGAGGUGUCGACACGCAAGAACUCGGCGGAAUGGCAGACGUCAAGGCCAAACUCCCCCAAGCUGGCACCGCUGGAUAUGCAGUUCGACAAGGGCAAGGCGAAUGAGACACACGGUUACGCCACGUCCAUCACGCCCAUCGUCGAGAAGGGCGCCGCGCCCGAACAUGGCCACGACGGCCACGGAGCCGGCCACGUCGACAUCAACGACCCGAACCGGCCGAGGAUGGCCUUCAAGGCGCGCCUCCACCACUUCACAUGGGCGUGGUUCACCCUCACCAUGAGCACGGGGGGCCUCUCGCUCCUCAUCUUCGCGCAGCCGCACCAGUUCCCCGGGCUGCGGCAGAUCGGUACCGUCGUCUACGUCGUCAACAUCAUCCUCUUCGUCCUCGUCUGCUCCGCCAUGCUCGCGAGGUUCUUCCUCUACCCGGGCGACAUGAAGAGGUCGCUGACGCACGAGCGCGAGGGCUUCUUCUUCCCGACCUUCUUCCUGUCCAUCGCCACGCUCAUCACCAGCACGAACCGGUACGCCAUCCCCGAGCACGACGAGACGCUCGUCUGGGCCAUCCAGGUGGCCUUCUGGGGCUACCUCAUCGUCACCCUCAUGCUGGCCAUCGGCCAGUACAGCUUCGUCUUCGCCAAGCACAACUUCGGCCUGCAGACCAUGAUGCCCACCUGGAUCCUGCCCAUCUUCCCCAUCAUGCUCACGGGCACCAUCGCCUCCGUCAUCGCCGACACCCAGCCCGAGAUCGCCGCCGUGCCCAUCGUCGUCGCCGGCCUCACCUGUCAGGGGCUCGGCCUGUCCGUCGCUGUCCUCAUGUACGCCCACAUGGUCGGCCGCCUCAUGUCCGCCGGCCUGCCGAACCGCGAGCACCGCCCGGGUCUGUACAUGAACGUCGGCCCGCCGGCCUUCACGGCGCUGGCCCUCAUCGGCAUGGCCAACGGCCUGCCCAACAACCUCGACCCGGACCGCGACGGCAUCGUUAUCGACGCCGGCAUCAUCCGGACCAUCGCCCUCAUGAGCGCCAUCUUCCUCUGGGCCCUCGCCGCCUGGUGGUUCGGCAUCGCCACCAUCGCCGUCAUCUCGUCGCCGCCCGUCUACUUUCACCUCGGCUGGUGGGCCAUGGUCUUCCCCAACACGGGCUUCACGCUGGCCACCAUCUCCAUCGGCAACCAGCUCGGCAACGAGGGCGUGCUGUGGUUCGCCACGGGCAUGAGCCUGUGCCUGCUCGGCGCCUACUUCUACGUCCUGUACAACCACGUCAGGGCCGUCAUCGUCCAGGACAUCAUGUACACCAUGAGGGACGAAGACUUUAACGACCACUAA